UAAACGCGAAUGAUGAACUAUGGCAACACGGCGGAUCGGACGAAGUACAGUCAUCGGAAAUUUCAUUUGAAUUGUUCGAUCCUCGAAUCGGUCAUAUAUCGAAACUAAUUGCAGCGGUGUUGUAACAUGUGUAAUGGCCGACUCUUGAGUUUGGUAUAUUGUAUAGUCAAUAAAGAUGCAUUCAUUCCUUAGCACUCAUAAAUCGAUAGCUGUGAAAACGAAAAGUUUUGCUAGAGUUGGGUGUAAAUGUCAGCAGUGGAGUAAUAAGCAUGUUUACGGACAUAGUAAACGACUGUAUAGGCCAAACCAAGUAUUACCUCGACUGCUGUCCACCAUUGUCAGAACAAGUAGCAGCGGUUAUGGGACUUUGCAGAAUGUUAUUCGGCUUAACGUAAUACAUUCGUCAGACAGUUUUGUAAAGGACAGUACAUUAUUUCCAUUCUACCCCUCGGGCAGUUGCAUGGUAGUUGUGAGACAUAUGUAUGUUGGACAUCAGUUGUAUGACAAAGAACCUUUAAAACCCUCAUCCAAAGUUGAAGAAACAGUUCAAGCCUUAAAAGAAGAUCUAAAAGAUAAACCUUCUGUUCACGUUGUGGCAGACAAACCUCCACUUCUCAAAAGAAUUAAGAAGAAGAUUGUUGAUGAAGCACUGCACUAUUAUCAUGGAUUUCGUCUUCUAUUUAUUGAUAUUAAUGUAUCAAGGAAAUUGGUAUGGAGAGUUAUGAAUGGGAAGUCCCUUACUAGACGAGAGCAUAGACUGUUGGUGCGGACAGUGUCGGAUUUAUUUCGAUUAGUCCCUUUCUCAGUGUUCAUCAUUGUUCCAUUUAUGGAAUUGCUGCUUCCUCUGGCAAUUAAAUUGUUUCCGGGAAUGCUUCCGUCUACUUUUCAGACUGCAACUGAGAAAGAUGAAAAGAUGAAGCAAUCCCUUAAAGUAAAACUAGAAAUGGCAAAAUUUCUCCAGCAAACUUUGGAUGAUAUGGCUGUUCAAGGCAAGGGACGAAGCUCUGAAGCUGCCAAGGAGUUUGCAGAAUUCUUUGUCAAGGUGCGCACAUCUGGAGAACAAGCAACCAAUGAAGAAAUAAUGAAAUUUUCAAAGUUGUUUGAGGAUGAGCUUACUUUAGAUUCAUUGUCUCGACCCCAACUUACAGCACUGUGUCGAGUACUGGAGAUACAGCCAAUUGGAACAAAUAACUUUUUAAGAUUUCACCUUCGGAUGAAGCUCAGAAGUCUGGCAGCUGAUGACAAGGUAAUACUAAAGGAGGGCAUAGAAUCGCUCACCCCAGCAGAGCUCCAACAGGCAUGUAGAGCAAGAGGUAUGAGAGCAUAUGGUAUGUCUGAGGAUGCACUCAGAACUCAACUAGCACAGUGGCUUGACCUGAGCCUUGAAAAGAAAGUUCCUCCUUCACUGCUGUUGCUGUCAAGAGCACUGCUUCUUCCAGAUAGAAUCCCAACAAGUGAUCAGCUCAAGGCUACGAUUUAUGUUCUACCUGAUACUAUUGUGACCCAGACAAAGGCGGCCAUUGGAGAACGUGAGGGCAAGAUAGACAAUAAGACAAAGAUUGAAAUCAUUAAGGAGGAAGUACGUAAAAUUCGCGAGGAAGAUCAAGAAGAGAAAGAAGAGGAAAAGAAGGAGAUCGAGAGGGAAGAAAAGGAAAUACUUGUGGACAAGGCUCCUAUUAUCACUCAAGAUGUUGGAAUUCAACCUGAAAUUCUUCAUAUUACUUCAGCUGAGGAGCAGCCAGUUAAAGAUGACAGCAGAAAGAAAGAGGAGCUGACAGCCACAGACUUUGAAGCACUUGAGGAUGCAUUGGAUACUUUGAGUAAGGAUAAAAAGAUUUUGGUUGAAAUGGAGUUGGAUGAUUUAAAAGAAGAACUGGCAGAAUACCAAGAAGAUGUUGAUGACCUAAAGAAGGUAGUGAAGGUGCUGGAUAAGUCAGAAUCAAAAGUACGAGAAUCGAAGGCAGCCAGACGCUUAUUUAAGAAAGUAAACAGAAUGAUACGUAAGAUGGAUGCUGUUCUGGAAGAGCUUGAACGUGAAGAGAAGGUACUCAUAAAGGACCUAGAAGCUAAAGGAUCUCUUGAAGAAAAGGAAACACAACAAAAAAGUGAGGAAUUGAUAAGCAUUGAGGAACUGAAAGAUGCUAUCAAGAGAAUUCAGAAGGUUCCAGAUGCUUCCCUGGUGAACAGGAUUUCUGAAGUUCUGGCAAAAAUGGAUAUUGACAAAGAUGGAGCCAUCAGACUAGAUGAUGUACUGAAGGUAGUUGAAUUGGUUGGCAAAGAAAAUGUUAAACUUAACAAAAAACAAAUUGAUGAGAUAGUUGACUUAAUGAGUAAAGAAGAAGUGAUAGAGUUGGAAGAACAAAUUGAGAAAGCACUGGAGAAAGGCAAUCAAAAAGUAGAAGAGACUGUGAAGAAAGAAUUGUCGCUCAAAGUGGAAAAGGAAACUAUGGUAAAGGCGAAUGUAAUAUCACAAGAUGACCGAAAGAAAGCAAAUGGAGCAAGCUGUGAUGUGUCAGCAUCCACAUCAGGUGCUGCUGCUAUGUCAGCAGCACCACCCAUUCAGCCACAUAAUGUGUCUGAGCCCACUGAUAAAAAGGAUAGUUCAAAAACACUGUGAUAGAGCAGGCCUCUGUUUUUAAAUAAUUAAUUUUAUAAUUUAUUAGUAAAAGAAAUAUGAAUAUGUCAAUAUUGCUUAACGUGAAAAGCUCUGAAUUAAUAAUGUAUUCCAGUAAGUGGACUGAAUUUCAGCAUAUACAGCUCACUACCAUACCAUGUAUAUAUGUAAUGCUUGUUUCUGUAUUAUCUUCCAGUAAUGAUUAAUACAUUCACUGCCAGUCCCAUCACCUGAUGAGUUGAAGUUUAUCAUUUACCUGUAGAGAUCCCAUUAAAUGACAAGCUGUAUGUAUAUAAAUGUAAUUUUUCUCUAGAGCUGUCACUGAAAUGCAGAGAAAUGAUAAAUGUAACUUGUCAAACUUGAAAGAAUUAAAAACAAUACAGUAAUAUAUUCAUUUCCAUUCCCAAGUUUAAUGUAAAAAAAAAUUGAUAAUCCAGUUUUCAUGGAAAAAUGGCUGGCCCCAGCACCUAAAAUCCAAAUAUGCAUGGCAUGACAUGGCAUGGCAGUCAGUGUGUUAAUGAUUAACAUCAUUCUUGAUGAAAAUAAAUUCUUUGAAACUGGACUCUGAAUACAACAUUGAUAUUUUAUAAAAGGACAGCACUACAUAAGAACAUAUUCACAUUUGAAGAUAAACUAAGCAAACUGCAGGGUCAUAUAAAUAGACUCAAGUGUAAGGAAUAAAUACCAUUCUUGCCCUUCUGAACAUAUACAGGUUGUUUCACAAACAGUGUGCCAUACUUUGGGAGGUGAUGGUGAGUAGAACAUUGGUUCUGUUUCAAGCUGUUAAAAAGUUACAGAUGUUUAAGGUGCAUGCUGGAGAAAAUAAACAAGAAUAUUAAUCACAUGAAUUUAUGAGAAACACCAUAAAUUAAAUAUUCAAAAUGUCCAUCACAGUUUUCAAGUGCCUUGUUCUUCUUGGCCCAGAUGAAAGUUUACUGCCCAUAGCAUCAUGUUGGGGCAUAAGCAGCUAUUCCACUAUUGUUAGUAUUUUGCUUAUGUAGAUCAUUUCUUUCAUAAGACCACUUAAAAAGAAGUCAAGUAUCUCAAUAGCCAAGGUUUUGGAGCAACAUUACAAAUCUCUCGAUUCCCAUAACACUGAUUCAGGUAAUCUGUAAAUCGAUGACCAAAAUGUGGAGGUGUUUCAUCAUUCUGAAAGAACAUCUUGAGUGAUGUCUCCAGAGGCAAGUACUCCAGUAAAAAUGACAAAGCAUUCAUAAGGAAGUUCAGAAAAUUAGCAGGAGUCAAAUUUUGUUCAAAACAAAUUUUCCAAUUAACAGAUCACCAAACAUUCACUGAGAUUUGAUAUUAUAAGUAGCUUUGAACAGUUCUGUAAGGAUUACUGGUAGGAACAAGUAGGAACCCUGCUUAUUGUUAACCAUAACCAUUGUUGGCAUGUGUAAAAUUUCACAGAAGUAGGCAGUUGUAUUUUACAUAUCUUAAAAGAAUUGUAGCUCCCCAGUGGUUAGAAAUGGGACCAGUGUUGUAUUACGUUUUUUACUUGACAUUACCUCCCAAAGUAUGGCAGACUAGUUGUGAAUACCUUGUAGUUGGUAGUGGAACUGAUGACAAAAGUUGUGUUUUAGAAAGAGAAGCUUUUUUCACUUACAAAAAAAAUUCAGCUAGUGUUAGUAUGGAUCUUCUUUCAGUUCUGUAAAUGCAGUGCAUAGCUUAACCACAUGACAAGUAAUUUAUAUGUAACACUAUAUAUACAUAAGGCUUUUCUGUAGACUAUUCAGUAAGUAUUAUAGUGUGUAUGCCACUGUCUGACAGGUUGACUUUGUUUUGUUUUUGUUUAUAAAAUGUGUUAUGAAUGUACAUAUUAUGUAGGAUGUAUUUUUGAUAUGGUUUGGUGUAGUUUGAACUUAUAUAAAUGAUGCAAAAAUUAUACAUCUUUAGAUACUUGUUGACUGAAACAGUUUAUGAGAUUAAUAUUUUGUAACAUAAGUGCUCCAUAAUUCAAAUUUCCCAUUCAUGAAUAUUUCAUGAUAGCUUAAAAAUGUAAGUGUAGAAAUCAGACAGAUUAUUAUAGGACUCUUGAUAGUGGAAUUAAUGUAUACAGCAUUUAGACGAUGUUGCAUGAGCACUGGACCCAUCCUUAGUUUGCAUAUGUUAUCAUUUAUAUUAAGGUACCUCUAUUCCUCAAGCAAAUUCUGGGAUAAUAGCUUAAAAUAUAAUCACUUACGUGCAGAUAUUUCCAGUUCAUCAUUCUGAAUUAUCCUAAUAUUCAGUGAUGUAUAAGUGGUGCAGUUGAAAAAGCAUCAUUGAAUAAACCAGGAACACCAUCAUGAAUGUGAGAGGUGGAUAAAUUAUAACUUUAUGUAUCUGAUCUUUGCGUUUUUAGAUAUCAGGAAGAUCUGAAUGGCAGCACACAAUUUCUGGGUUUAAUAUGCUCCUAAUUUCUUUGUGAAUGCAAUUUUGAUAUGUUAGUAUUGUUUCCAGUAUUUCAACUCUGUAACAUUUUCAAAGGAUUUACUAGCUGUCUGUAUACUGUAUUAUGAUAUUAUGCUGCAUUCUGGUGAUGAGGCAUGAACAGUUAACUUAAAAGAGUAAUGUCUUGUGGGACCUAAUGGCAUGUAGUCCAGUUGAAGUUCCCUGACGCUCCUGUGAAACAUCAGUGAACUUCUGCUGGACAACAUGGCAUUACAUCCCAGAAAAUAGUACACUUCAUAGUCACCACUGUGAGAACCUCAGAUCCAACAUAUUCUUAGUUUUCUUUGUGUUACUUUUAUGCCAUCCUUGUUACUAGUGUCUAAUAGACGUUUAUGUUCUUUUU